AGAAAAAGAAAAAAAAAAAAGAAUUGAAUAAAUAUUUUAUUCGAAAAAUGGCAAACUCCAGUGUUGUAGCAUCCUCCCUCUUGGCUUUCGUUUCUUCCCUUGUUUUGUUGUUGCAUGUGGCAUCCGCAAACGACGUCGCUUCCACCAUCUGCCCGAAAACCAAAAACCCGGGCUUCUGCACGACCGAAUUGAAAACCGCGGGCAGCGCAGACCUCAAAGCCCUGGCCACCCACACCCUGAAUCUCGCCCGUAAGAAGGCCGGCGAAUCCGUGGCUCUGGCCAACGACCUUGCCGCCAAAGCCACCGAUCCUCAGCUCAAGGAACGCUACACCUCCUGCUCCAAAAACUUCGACGAAGCCAUCGGCAACAUCGAAACCGCCGAGAAGCACUUGGCCUCCGGCGACUAUAACGGCGUCAACCUUGCCGGCUCCGCCGUCAUGUCCACCGUCGACGACUGUCGGGCCAACUUCGAGACUGGCCCGGCCGACACGUCGUCGCUCUCCACUAACGGCAAGACUCUGGAUGAUAUUUCUAGCAUUAUCUUGGUGAUUUCCAAUCUUCUCCUUCAGCCCGCUUAAUUAACUAAUUCUGUACUGGAGAUUGCCAUGGAUGAAUAAGUUUUUAAGUUUUUAUAACCAAUAAAAAUUGCGUAAUUCAAUGUUAUCUACUUUCCAUGAAAUGAAACUUCAAUGUUUUGAUUUU